GACCUGAGUAACAACGACCUGCAGGACUCAGGAGUAAAGAAGCUGUGUGAUGGACUGAAGAGUCCAGACUGCAAAAUGAAAACUCUCAGCCUGUCAGGAUGUCUGAUCACAGAGGAAGGCUGUGCUUCUCUGGCCUCAGCUCUGACCUCCAACCCCUCCCAUCUGAGAGAGCUGGACCUGAGAUACAACCAUCCAGGAGACUCAGGAGUGAAGCUGCUGAUGGCUGCACUGAAGGUGAACAGAAAACUCAAACUGUCUGACAACAACAGGAAGGUGACACAUGUGGAGGAGCUUCAGUCAUAUCCUGAUCAUCCAGACAGAUUUGAUGAUAACUGGUUUCCUCAGCUGCUGUGUGAAAAUGUUCUGACUGGUCGCUGCUACUGGGAGGUCGAGUGGAGAGGAGACGUUUCUAUAUCAGUGAGUUACAAAGAAAUCAGAAGGAGAGGAGACAUCAGAGACUGUUGGUUUGGAUUGAAUGAUCAGUCCUGGAGUCUGACAUGCUCUGAUGAUGAAGGUUACUCUGUGUUACACAAUAAAAGAAAAACACCCAUCUCCUCCUCCUCCUCUGUCUCUAACAGAGUAGCAGUGUAUGUGGACUGUCCUGCUGGCUCUCUGUCCUUCUACAGAGUCUCCUCUGACUCACUGAUCCACCUCCACACCUUCAUCACCACAUUCACUCAUCCUCUCUAUGCU